GUAAAUAAACAUUCAUGUAUAUGUAAAUAAUGCAAACGUUCAGCUUCAGUCAGUCUGUUUAUGGAUGGGUUGAUGACACUCCGAUUUCAGAUUCCAAAACCUAAUGGCUUUUAUGGGAGGGAUGAUCUUGGUACUCGCCAUAGGGACUGCCUGUCUGGUAGGGGUGGUGGCAGGACACGGUCGGUUGAUUGAGCCCCCAGGCAGGUCCAGUAUGUGGCGCUAUGGCUACAGGAAUCCGCCGAAUUACAAUGAUAACCAAUUGUACUGCGGUGGAGUACAGAUUCAAUAUGAGGUUAAUAAAGGACGCUGUGGGGUGUGUGGGGAUCCAUUCCAGGGGCCCCUGGACAAUGAGCCUGGUGGAAAGUAUGCUAAUGGAAUCAUUGUUCACUCAACAACCAUUGGUGCCAUUAUGCCAGUGAUGGUAGAAAUUACAGCAGCACACAAGGGUUACAUGGAAUUCAGACUUUGUCCAAAUGAUGAUCCAAGAAAGCGGAUCUCAGAGGAGUGUUUGAAUAAUUUUUUGUUAACCGUCAUCGAGUCAAAAAGUACAAGAUACCCAGUAACGACAACUGGGAAAUACAAGUUAAAGUUACAGCUUCCAGAUAGUGUUAGGUGUCGUGCCUGUGUUCUACAGUGGAAGUAUAACACAGGGAACAGCUGGGGAGUGGAUCCAACAACAAACAAGGGGUGUAUAGGCUGUGGAAAUCAGGAACAAUUCUAUGGAUGUGCAGACAUUGCAAUUGGUUACACCGACAUUGAACCUGGCUAUUCUUUGAUUACCAACCAGAUGAGUAAAGGAGAUCCCAUCGUUAAUCCCGGUGAUCCCACCCCACCUCUGGAGCCAACGGAAUUGGAACCAUGGGGACCUGCCACUCCAGACAGCGGAGAAGAGGUAGAUCCAGCUAUUAUUUCAGGUCAAGGUGGAUCCACCUCAGAUACCGAAACCAAGAUGUGCAAACAAUUUCUUGAAUUCCAAAGCCAGUUUCCAAACGAAAAUGCCAGACCUUGUGUCUGUCACUCCUGUGUAGGCAAGACUUGUGUGUGUGAAUGCCUCCAAGACACACCUGCCUCAUCUGCAAAUUCUCUUCGAAGUAUUUCUAUGUUGACUGUACUUGUAUUUUCAUAUGUUUUGCACUUUGAAAACAUAUAACAUCAGUAUUUGCUACAAAAAACUAUUGAUCAUUGUAAUUGAUGUUGUUUUUUUACGAGUUCUAAUACAGUCUAGUCUAUCACUGCACGUUCCUGUCAAACUGUUUUGAAGUGUGCAAAAGAUUCAUUCUAAAUAAACCUGUCAUAACCUA